CAGUUGGAAUCGACUGGAUGGCAACAGGAUUGAUUUUUUUGGUUUUUGGGGACCUUAGUAGGUCAGUGAUUCAUGUUAUGUCAUUUUUAGUAGCUAUAUAUGCUAGGAUUUUAAUGGUAGUAAUACUAAGUCUUUUGAAUUUGACUGAUGAUCAAGCAGUUAACAGAUACAUAUAUUUUAAAGGCUUGUAUAAUGGUAGCUUUUGCCAGCCUACUGAGGAAGAUAGGCAUGUUGUGUUGAUUAAAUAAUCUGCCAUUUCUGUUUAUUGAUUUUGUGUGUUUUUGUACAGGUUGGUUUCCUGUUGCAUCUUUAAUAGUUUCCUAGACUCUGCUCCAUGAUUUAACUCACUUCUGAAAUGAAGAUGGAGGAGGCAGUGGGAAAAGUCGAAGAACUCAUUGAGUCUGAAGUCCCACCAAAAACAUCUGUACAAGAGACAGCCAAGGAGGAAGAUGGAUCUGUAGAACUGGAACCUCAAGUUCAGAAAGACGGUGUUGCAGAUUCUACAGUUCUUUCUUCAAUGCCUUGCUUAUUGAUGGAACUGAGAAGGGACUCUUCUGAGUCUCAGUUAGCGUCCACAGAGAGUGACAAACCGACAACUGGCCGAGUUUAUGAGAGUGACUCCUCUAACCACUGCAUGCUUUCCCCUUCCUCUAGUGGUCACCUUGCUGAUUCAGAUACAUUAUCUUCUGCAGAAGAGAAUGAACCCUCCCAGGCAGAAACAGCAGUAGAAGGAGACCCUUCUGGAGUGUCUGGUGCCACAGUUGGACGCAAGUCCAGGCGGUCCCGAUCUGAAAGUGAAACAUCCACUAUGGCUGCCAAGAAGAACCGGCAAUCCAGUGAUAAACAGAAUGGCCGAGUCGCCAAGGUUAAAGGUCAUCGGAGCCAAAAGCACAAGGAAAGAAUCAGGCUACUGAGGCAGAAACGAGAGGCUGCUGCACGGAAGAAAUACAACCUGCUGCAGGACAGUAGUACCAGUGAUAGUGACCUGACUUGUGACUCGAGCACGAGCUCGUCGGAUGAUGAUGAAGAGGUUUCAGGGAGCAGCAAGACAAUCACUGCAGAGAUACCAGAUGGACCUCCAGUUGUAGCUCAUUAUGAUAUAUCUGACACCAGCUCUGACCCAGAAGUGGUAAAUGUGGACAAUUUAUUGGCGGCUGCAGUAGUUCAAGAGCACAGUAAUUCUGUAGGAGGCCAGGACACAGGAGCUACCUGGAGGACCAGCGGGCUUCUAGAGGAGCUGAAUGCGGAGGCAGGUCAUUUGGAUCCAGGAUUCCUAACAAGUGACAAAACAUCUGCUGGCAAUGCACCACUCAAUGAAGAAAUUAAUAUCGCCUCUUCAGAUAGUGAAGUGGAGAUUGUGGGGGUUCAGGAACAUGCAAGGUGUGUUCAUCCCCGAGGAGGUGUGAUUCAGAGUGUUUCUUCAUGGAAGCAUGGUUCAGGCACGCAGUAUGUUAGCACCCGGCAAACACAGUCAUGGACUGCUGUGACUCCCCAGCAGAGUUGGGCUUCACCUGCAGAAGUUGUUGAUCUUACCUUGGAUGAGGAUAGCAGACGUAAAUACCUACUGUAAUACGAUGUCACUGUGUUUCCUCUGCACUGUUCCCUUCCACUUCCUCCUCCUCCUUUUUGUGGCACGGAAGUUCAUUGUCAUAGCUUCAGCCUCAGAAGCUGUUUGUGGCAUUUGUAGAAUUGAAACUCAUGGAAAAUUGCGCCCCCCCCACCCUUUUUUUUUUUAAAUUAAAAGAAGUCACUUAGGAAAAUAACUUAUCGACAGAGAAAAGAAUUUCUUUUCUUCUUUCUUUUAGUAUAAGUGAUGAAUUUUUAUUAGACAACUUUAUUUUACUUGAUGACUUUCAGUCUUAGGAAACUCUGCCUUCCUUUCAGAAUAAUAUUUUAAUGACCAGGUAAAAUGGACUUCAGUUUUUGAAUCUUGUAUUUAUUUUUCUUUGUAAUGAAAUUAAUGUCUAGACUUGACCACUGUCAGCAGACCCCAUCGGCACUCCCACCUUAGGGCAUUUGCACACAUACCAGUCAGGUCCUUUUUGGCACCUGGUACAGCAUGUACAUUCACAAACCUGUACUUAAAAAUAGAAGACAGAAGUAUUACUUUUUCUUUUCGCUUAACUCUUCUGUCUUCUUUCCUGACUUUGCUCCUGGUUGACGUCCCACAACACAAAUAAUUGACAUGCCCCUUUGUGUUUAUAAAUACUAUUAAGGUGACUUAGUUUGUCUCCUCAUUGCAAUAAUUGAUAACUCUUUGGAACAUAUCUCCUUGGGGCAGAGGCAUUUCAGAGAGAUACCCACCAUGAGGUUUUCUGGGCAUCUGAAGAGAGUAUUAAAAGAUCAGUGGGGAAAUCUCUCUCCCUAACUUUUUUUCCUGGUCUAUUUAAAUAGCAGGAGAACAUAGAAACCUGUUAUUUAGGUAAAAUAUAAAAAGUUGUAUGGCUUCUAAGCCUACAUACAGGCACUUGCAAAGCUGAGAGGAAAGUGCCUUCUUUCAUAGCUGGUCUCUCUGUAAAGGGUGUAUAACAACUGCUUAACACCUGAGCCACCGUUGACCUGACGCCAUAUUUGGGUAUUUUUCUCCUCUACCUUCUAAAAGUGGAAAAAUAAAUAUAUACUUAAGAAAUCAGAUGUAAAGCACAUAAUGGCACUAUAGCUUUUACAGUAUCUGCAAGGAAUAGCAAAGGGUAGUGGGAGCUUCAAGGAAUUCAGGAAAUGCCAGCAUUGGAGUUUUAUGGCAUUAGUCACUACCUUUCUUCCUAUAACAUGUUGUAGUUUAGUGAAUUAUUUUCAAAGCAAUACCUAGAAUUAGAACACUAUGUCUGUGCACAGGGGGAGUGAGGUAAUAAUUGGCUUAGAAGACCUCACCUUUUGUUAGUCACAGUCUUUGGUUUUGUUUUUCCAUUUCAACCAUAUAAUAUUACGAUGGCCCUUUGUCUCCCUGUCCAAAUGCCUUGACGGCUCUUGCUUUUCAUAAGAGCACGAGAAUUACAGUUUUAAUUUUUCAUUCUGCAAACAUACAUAUACCAAGUGCCUAAUCUGCAUAAGGCACUGUGUGGGGUGGGUGCUGUGGGGCCACUGAGAUGGAUAAGACACACCCUGCAUGCGCAUGCGUCAGAGCCUGCCUGGUCCGCCUGCCUGGCCUUUUUUCUUUUAAAGACAAGUUUAUUCCCUUUUACCCUUCUUCCUGCUGCUUUGUUUCUUCUUUAUCUCCUUCUUCCAUUGGAGUGUAUUUGAGCAUGUGUUCUUUGAUCUUCUCCGAUAGCAUCUCAUUUGAUCGGGCCUCUGUUCUUACAUCAACUUUUAUUUUUCUUCCAAUCUACCUUUAAUAGAUCAGGCUUUUAUAAAGAUCAUGAACCUCCAGUUUUAGCACCUCAUGUAUCAGUCUCUCACAUGGCCACAAUUCUAGACAGAAACCAAAGAUCCAGAGGCCAGAGCGAAAUAGGACCUUCUGCAAAUUCACUACUGGUGUACCCUUAGACCUUCACAUUUUACUUUAGGGUUAAUUUAUUGAAUUUUACUGUUACGCAUUGUGUUUUGACUUGAAUUAAAAUGCUAGACAAAGCAGAAAUGUACCAUUUCUGGUCUGUGUUUUCCAGGAAAAUCAUUGGGAGGAGAAUAAGGGUGGAUUAUAUGACUUGAAGUUUUUACAGUUUAUUUUUUCCCCAGUGUCAGGUUAAAAGCUGUUUUUGCAUUACCUGUUCUUAUGUUAAGAGUUUGGCGGCUAACCAAAAUGUCAGCAGUUCGAAUAUAGUUUGAUUACACCAGCCCCUCCUUGGAAACCCUAUGGAGCAGUUCUGUUCUAUCCUAUAAAGUUGCUGUGAGUCAGAAUUGACUUGACGGCAACGGGUUUGGGUUUUUUUUUGUUGUUGUUAUUCGUUUUAUUCUUACGUUAACAGUAUAUUUUCUCCAAUUCCAUAUAGCAGGUGAUUGCCCAUGACAUAUUUACUUUAGCCCCUAACAGUCAUUCCCUAAAGAGAGAACUUCUGUGGUGUGCUGUGUGCACUGUGGAUUGGGAGCAGAGGGUGGAGUGGUAACCAGACUCUUCUCUUGCUUUUUUUGCUUUUACAUUAGGUUGCACUUUUCCCUUACCUCUUCAUAGUCAAGCGCCCUGACUGCUUGAUUUGAUGAGUAGAAUAGAGAUUUAGAGAUUAAGGUGUAAAAAAGGGAGGAGUGAGGGUAGUAGAGACAGUCUGCUCUCUGCUAGGUUGGGACUUUCUUUUUCCACCUAUCUCGCUAUGGAGAGAUGAGGUUUCAACUCUUCUUUCAUUGCUAGAUCUCGAAGAAUGGGGAUGUGGUUUCUGGAAAUGCAUUAAUGAUAAAAUUCUGUGGUAAACAAUCCUGUGAUAUUUGGAAUUUCUUUUCAAGGGAUUUUUUUUUUUUUUUAAACCAAAAGUUUUGCAUUUGGUAGGCUAAGUGGUUGUUUAUGCUUUCACAGGACAUUGUCUAUUCAAACUAAUAUCUUUGCUAAAAUGGUGUACUUGGGUUAUAGAUGGGUUUAUUCUACAGAUUUGGUUACAUCUCCCCUCCUCCAGUUUGAACCACAGAGCAGUAACCUGGCUACUGCAUCCUCAUGACUGCCCUGGCACGUGUAAUUGCUGCUCUCCCGUAGUUGUCUUUUCAUUUUUGAUAGAAGGGGUCAGACUGAAUAGACUCCAUAUUCUUUGCAAUUGAGGAUCCCAUAAAUUCUGCCUUUAUUGUUACUAAUUGUGAAUAUGAACCAUCUGAUUUGCUAAUUUAGUCAAUUGUUUGUUACUUUAAGCAGAUUAGCACCGUAUGUAAUUUAAAAAUGAAUUUGUUGCCUGCUUUUUAUACUGUUUCACAAGGUUUUUGAAAAAGCUGAGGACACAAUUUUGUCUUUUAGUUCUAAUUUUUUUUAAGGCCUAGAGCCUCUAAUCCCUGUUUUCCAGUAUCUGUAUGAUGUGACUUCCAUGUAUAUAUAAAAAUGAUUACGCCGUAACCAAACUUCCUCAGAUUGUGCACUGUUUGUUUAAAAUAAUCACGUAUUUUAGUCCAAUGCUGUUGUAUUUUUUCAUUUUAUUUAAAACACUACGUAUUUCUUAUUCUUUUAACAAAUUUUAAAGGGUAGUGAUCUUAAAAAAAAAAAUCACUGGAUAACUAGGAAGUAUUUUUGUUGUUGUUUUAUUUUUUAAAGAGUACAAAGGUCAUGGAAGCCUUUUGCUCCUCUUACCGUGAAAAUGAAAUGUUAGCCAUUGUAUGGCUAGGAACCGGUGCACUUGGUGGUUAACAGAUCUGCUGUUGCUGGAGCUUGAGCGUGGAACUUGAUGCAGUGACGACAAAUCAUUGCUUAGAAUUAAUGUUUUCAAAUGUGCAACUCUAGUUUUUGAAAAGAAAAUUUGGUUCUUCUUUACAUUCAUUAUUUGGUUUGUGUUUCCAUUUAGUAUUUAAUGGUCUUUGGAGAAAAAAAUAAUAAAACAGAGUGUUAUAUAUAUAUUUUUUGGUGCAAGAUAAGAUUUUCUGUUUUUUGAAAUAAGUCUGUAGCAUAAAGGUUAAACUAUUUUAAGACAAAUAAAAUAGAGUGUAUUUAAACAA